AUGGCUGUGCCCACCAAGUUCAGCUUCACCGUGAGGAGGAUUUUGGAUUUACCAGAAAAUGAGGGUGAGAGCGCGGCGCGCCUUCCGCCGCUUCACGCGCCCUCCGGAUCUCCGUGCUCGUCGUGGUCGGACAGCGACAGGGGCCACUGCGUGUCCUCAGAUGAGAGUAACUCGGAGACGACCCCCGACUCCACCGGCCCCAGCGAGGGGGCAACGGAAGAAGAUCAGAAUCAGAAGAAGAAGAAGCGGCGCGUGCUCUUCUCCAAGGCGCAGACUUACGAGCUGGAGCGGCGCUUCCGCCAGCAGCGCUACCUGUCUGCGCCCGAACGGGAGCACCUGGCGCGCGUGCUGCGCCUCACGCCCACGCAGGUCAAGAUCUGGUUCCAGAACCACAGGUACAAGAUGAAGAGAGCGCGUGCGGAGCGCGGGGCACAGGAGGCCGCUCAGCCCCCGGCGCUGCGCAGGGUCCUGGUGCCGGUUCUAGUUCGGGAUGGGAAGCCUUUUCACACGUGCGUCGCGGAUGCAGAGAAAGGAGGCUGCGUGGUGCCGCCUUACGGCCUCCAGGGCUUCCAGAGCUUCCAGCACAUCCCACCGUUUGCCCUUCUGCCCCAGUACCAGCACUUUACACACGAACCCAGACCCCACUUCAUCUGGUGA